AUGAGUGAAAAAAGAUCUGGUUCUUCUUCUCAUAUUUAUAUGGAAAUUAAGAAUCCAACAAGCUUGCAUAUUAAUGAAUAUGAGGUUUUCGUGCCAGUUUCAGAGAAAGGACUCUCAGUUGACCAUCCAAAAAAUACAAAAACUGGAGAGUUCACUAAAAUUAAACCAAAAUAUCAAGAACCGUACGUAUUCCAACCAACUAAAACAAAUUCGAAGAAAACAAAGCAGGAAAAACAAGUAAUUCAAUUGGCCCAAACAGAAUCUUUUAUUUCCGGUAUAACAGCACUAAUAAAUCGCCGCCUGAAGAAGUCUGGUAUCACUAUAGACAGUAAUGCACGAGAAUUAGUUCAAAAAGCAAUUUUUUCGUAUAUUUUACAAAUAAUUAAAACUUCACACGAAAUUUCUCAAGUCAGAUUAGAUAUUGGCGGUGACUCAAAUCGUGCCAUAUCAUUUUUACCAUCCAUUUCUCAAUACGCUCUUCAAUUUGAAAAUUAUAUGUUAACUUCAGCUCGUGGCUCUCAAUUUUCCAAGAGCAAAGAGCUCACAGACUUCUUCAAAGACCAUAUGCUUAAGUAUGCACAGCCAAUUCCUCUUCUAAAAGAGCCACAGUCGCAAGAAGGAUUUAUUACACUAUUUCCGAUUCAAUACAACGCCGAAGAGAAUGCUUUGGCACGCCUGAUCAAUGUUAAGCUUACAAAGAACUCAGAAGAUGGAGUUGCUCAGCAAUUUAAAGACAAAAUUAACAAAUACAAAUCCCAGUACGAUGAAAACAAGCGAAACUUCAAAAACAUCAACUUAAAUGAACUCAAAAAGAACGAAGAAUUCGAAACAAGAAGACAAAACCCUUCAAUUUUACCAAGUGACAUAAUUACGUGCAUUCAGAUGUAUCCUAACUUCGAAUUCAUUAGUAAGCAGGUGUUAUCUCUUUUCCAGCUUGAAGAGUAA